AUGGAAAGACAUAACAAAGAAACAAAGCAUAUAAGCGAAGAAGAAUUACGCACAAAAUAUGAUGAGCUAUGUAAAAAAAUAAAACUAGGUAAUGAUAAUAGCAAUAAUGAUGAUAUAAAAGAAAUGAAAAAAUUAUUAGUAGAUGCUCUUGUAAAAUAUAAAGUAAUAUUAUAUGGAGAUAUUACUUUAAAAUCAAAAAAAAAAGUAAAUAAUUAUAUUUCCAUGGGUUUUCUAAAUAAUGCCAUAUCAGCAAAUAUUAUUUCUUUUUUAUUAUCCGAUUUAAUACUCUCAAAAAAACUGUCAUUUGAUUAUUUAUUUGGAGCAUCAUAUAAAGGAAUACCUAUUGUAACAUUGACUAGCCAUUUUUUACUUACCACAAAUAAAUUUCAUAAUAUAUUUUUUUUAUAUGACCGAAAAGAGAAAAAAGACUAUGGAGAUAAAUCAUUUAUUGUAGGAAACUUAGAAGAAAAUUAUAUUGGUAGUGUACAAGUUGAAAAAAAAACUGAUAAAAAAAAAGUCGUAGUAAUUGAUGAUGUAUUUAGUUAUGGAAUAGUUUUAACAGAUAUAUUUAAAAAAAUGAAAGCAUUUGAGUAUUUAGAAAUUGUUGCAUGGGUAGUUGUUAUUAACAGAAAUGAAUAUAAAAUGAAUGAAAAAAAUGAAAAAGUUUAUUUUAAAGACAUAUUCGAACAAAAACACAACAUUCCAAUAUAUAGCCUUAUUAAUGGAAAUGACGAUAUUUCACAUUUAAUUAAAAAUUAUACAGAUUAA